AAAAAAUGCUUAGCCUUCGGAAAAAUCCGAAGCACCGUGUUACCGUGUUCGCACUCGUGUUUUCGCUCGUUUGAGAGAUGCCAAUGUCAAGUUUGGAUGGCAGCUGUGUGGAUACAAGUCUUCUAUCGUACCAGUGUGUCGAGCUCCUCGCCAGCGGCAACCCAAACCCAGACAACCCCAUUUCAUAGCAGCUGGCCAGUUUCCUCCACCACAAAGAAAAGAUCAUGACAACAAACGACUCUGAAGCGAUGGAAUUGAAGGCCGACGACAACAACGAGGUUGCCUUGGAAGCUCUGCAAGUGGAAUAUUCCGCCAUGGCCUCUUGGUACGAUUCCUUUUGGGCCGAUUAUCUGAACAAGACGUUUGUGUGGCCUCUGCGACUGGUUUCGUCCUUUAUCUUGGACAGGACGAGAAAACAGCAAGAGAAUGAUGAGCGCAUCCACAAGAAGCCGAUUACGGUGGUAGAUGUUGCCUGUGGAACGGGAGAGUUUGUCAAACGACUGCAAUCCCUACAAGAAGAAGAAGAAGACACGUCUGUACGGUUUGUGGGCAUAGAGCCGUGUCCGGAAAUGCUAGAGCGAGCCAAACAAAAACAGCAACCUGCUGCCACUGCUCAAUGGAUCCAAGCGACAGCCGAAUCUCUGCCUCUUGACGAUGCAUCGGCGGAUAUCAUUUGUUCCACCAAUGCCUUUCAUUUUUUCCGCAACAAACCAUUGGCAUUGGCCCAAAUGUACCGCGUCUUGCGUCGGGACAGUGGCCGACUGGUCAUUACCGAUUGGUGUGCGGAUGCCUUGACGGUUCGGUGGUAUCAUCUCUUCGAAUGGGUUCGAUGGAACCUUUUUGGAAGGUUUCGGCAUCAAUAUCCAGGACCUCUCAGGGCCACUGUUCUGCAACAGUUGGUGGAAGAGGCGGGAUUUCAAAACGUCACGGUGGAAUCGUAUCAAGUCCGAUUCUGGACGUUUGUGCCGUGGGGGAUGCAGACAGUGACGGCAACCAAAAGUUGUUAAGACAGCAAAGGCCGGCGGCGGCAAGUGCUUGUGGCGUCUCCUUGUGGCGGUGGGUCUCCAAGCAAUAGUGGCUACUACAUGGCAGUUACCUUAGCAAUCUCCAGCAAUUGCGGUCCACAGUAGCAAAUCAUAACAUCUAAAAAGCUUCAUCUUCUCCCCAUUACACAUAUUUGCAUCCUCCCCGGGCAGGGGCAGCAUCUGCUAGGUACU